AUGCCUUCCCUAAAAACAACAUCACCACCAUCGUCUCCUCCUAAACCUACACCAUAUUCGCCUCCAUUAAAACCUACACUUCAAAGUUAUAAUGAUGAUUAUAUUGAAAACUGUAGUCGUGCAAUGGGAGAUGGUAAUUCUGCAGUUGGAUAUUUUGAUGAGAGUGUGAAUUUCCUUUCGAAAGUGGGAACAGAUGAUCUAGAGGUUGCACAUACACUUUCGGUUUCUUUGAAUAAAAUUGGGGAUCUGAAAUAUUAUGAAGGUGAUUUGAAAGCUGCAAGGGAUCAUUACUUUCGGGCUCUUGAUAUUCUAGAUGUGGAUGUGUCCCUUGCGAAAGUCGCUGAUGUGGAUAGAAAUCUUGAUGCUGGGGAUACAACAAUUGAAGGGUUUCAAGAAGCCAUAAAUUUGCUGGAAUCUUUGAAUAUAAAGUCUGAAGAAACUGCACUGGAACAACGGGUUCUUCCUAUCAUGAUUGAUGUUGGAACCAACAAUGACAACCUUCUAGAAAAUCCCUUGUAUCUAGCUAGAGGCGAAAAUCAUAGAUCUGCCACCGGAGAUCGUAGAUCUAUCACAAAAGAAGAUAGACCUGGACCUAAACACUUCAGAUCUAAAAGCCUCGUCGUCAGUAAAGUUGAUGUGGUCGAUGAUGCUCGUCAGAUGAAGAUGAAGACAGUAAGGAGCGGAGGAGCACGAUGCAGAUCUAACCUGAAACACAUCAAGUUUACAUUAGGUCCGGAGAUGUUUCGUCGUGUGCCACCGGCAGAGGCGACGGACGUGUAA